UGACGAAAACCUCAAGGUUGACGAAAACCUCAAGGGAAUUGUGGAUAGGCAUGAAAUGGAGGUUAAUCUCUUGAAAGAGAUGCGACUGAUCGAACUCAACGGGAGGCGUGUUGUUGAACAGGAGUUGGAACGUGCCCGAGAGAAGCAGAAAGAAGAUGAACGUGAACUGGAAAGAUUAAUAGCGGAGAUGAGCAAACUGGAGAUGGAGAAGAAGUUUCGGUGUGGCGACACUAACUUAAAGACCAAGCUGGACGAAGUGGCGGGCUGCUCCGCUAGGAAAACGGACAAAGGUAAGAAACUUGCGGGUUCGGUUUUGAGUAAGCGAGAUCGGAUACUGAGGGACGAGCGGAAGAACCUGAGGAACUUGACCAAAAAGGAGGUAAUGGUGAUCUGCGAGAAGGAGGGGAUAGAAUACUCCAAAAUGGAAACAACCAAAGAAGAAAUUGCUAAUAUGCGUACCGAGAGGCUGAUGGAACAAGAGCAGGAUGAAAAUGAUGAAGCACGAGCGGUUACGAUUCAUGAGGUGGAUGGAGACGGAGGGGAGGACUCCGGUAAGAUUGAGGCCAGUGAAUCUGCUGCUUCUUAGUAUCUUACCCGGACGCGACCCUUCUUUGGAACAUUGUCAAUUUGUGUCGUAACGUUAGACUUCGUGGUAGGGAGUUCUUAAAGUUCAAGUCGA